AUGAGGACGGCAUUCUGUAGAACAGAGAUGAUGGUAGGAAUCUUGCAGACAGUGAGGGGGCGAGAGGGUACUGUAGGGAGACAAGAUCCCAAGAGCCACAGUGCAGAUCUCCCAGGGCUAUGGAUCAUCUCAGCAAAGUUAGUCAAAGACAAUACAACAAAGAUUAGUUCACGGAUUGAGGAGCUCUUGAAAUCCGAUCCAGAUGUUAAGGGUUGCUUGCGGGAAUGUAAGUUGCAUUACUCUAUAGCGGAGCUUAAUACAAAACGUGCAAUUGAAUCCUUCGAAUCUAAGAAUUACAAGGAUGCUAAUGUUGCUGUGAGUGCCGCGUUAGCCAAUGCUACAACUUGUGAAGACUCGUUUAAGGAGAGUGGCCUAAAAUCGCUUUUGAUAGCAGAGUAUAAUUCUUACUGCCAGCUUUGUUCAAUUGUGCUGGAUAUUGGCUCUUUUUUUAUAUGA